CGGACCACGUUUCUACAAUACAACCGACUGCGCAUAUGUUAACACAACGUCAAAAUCCAAAAACCGUUUUUCUCUCAUUAUUUUUUCUUCCCAAAUUUUUCUCUGCCAAAUUGCCACCUCUUCUCUUCUCUCCUCUGAGAGGAGAGAAAAGAAGAAGAAAGAAAAAGAAAAGAAAUAAGCACCAAAAAAGAAAAGCAUAUAUAUAUUUUUCUUUUUUUAGAUAAAAGAAAAAAAUCGAUCUCCUUACUCUCUCUCCUCCUAGGGUUUCCAUUUCCGCCAUUGCAGCUCUUGCUUUACCUUUACCUACCUUUGUUUCACUCACAUUGCAUCGGGAUCGUCGCAUUGUUUUGAGAGCUAAAUCGAAUUCUAAAUUUCUCCGCUUUUUUAGGGUUUUCUCGAGAUUCUUUUUUUUUUCUUGUAUAGAUCGAGCUGGCAUGGUUUAUUGCAGUGUAUAGAUUUGGAGCUAACUUUUUGUCCCAAUGGUAUGCUCACUUGGAAGUGGUAGAAUGGCCGUUAUGGCUACGCUUCUUGGAGCAGGAAGCAUCUCACCGAAUACAGCGGAGGAUGUUGGCAAUCAAAAGUUAGCUAUUCAAUACAUUUACAGAGAAUUACGUGGGGCAGAUGAGGCAAAUCUACUGGAUGAAGAAGAUAUGGAUGUCUUUGGUUUGAAGCCCAUGACUGAUCCUUUGAAUUUGGUAUGUUGUAAUGCUUGUAAGAAGCCAGUCAAGGCCAGUCAAUAUGCAGCUCAUGCAGAACUCUGUCGGUCAUUAAAAGCCACAGAAGAAACUACUUUGGAGCUUGAUGGUAGUACAGGCCAUAGGAAACCUCCAAGGAAGGAAAGGAAGAAGUCACUAGCUGCUUAUGCUAACCAACCUACACCAGUUGGGGAGCAGGAAAAAUCCGAAAUUAUUGAUGCUGGUGAUACUAUGGGUCCAGAUUUCCACAUAGAUGGGCAAAUUGGAAUGACUUCUUUUGUAACCAUGGAUUCAAAAAGAAAUUCUACUUGUGUAGAUACUGCUUAUGUGAUGGAUGGCUCAGGAGUUAGUCCCCAGAAUACAGACCACUCGACCUCUGUAAUGCCACCUUCAACAAAACGCUUUAAAUUGAUAUCCGGUGAGCGUCUUCCCCUGCCAGAUGAUCCAAAAACAGCUUCUGGUGUGACAAAAAUUCUAGAUACUCAGGACUUAUAUAUCUCUAGGGACUCUCCAAGAGGAACAGUUUCUGGAAGUGAAACACCUAAUGAUAGGCAAGCCCAUGAGCACCGUCUGCUGACAAAAGAUCUUCCAGUUCCUCUUAGUACCAAAAUGUAUUACUCUCAAAGAAACAGUCGUCUUCGCUUAGCGCUUAGUCAUCAGUAUUUUGUCACAUCAACCAAAGAACUUUGCAGUGACAUGGUUAGUCAACAAGCAUCACAGCAAAGCACAAUGCUGUUACAGGCUUCAUCUCAGGGGGUCUGUCCUCUCGAGCAGGUGGAUAAUCUGAUUGUCCAGAAGCAAGAGUCUUCUCUGCAGAAACGUGAUCAAGUUCUUGCUCAAACUUCAGAAGUAUGCCCGAGUAAGUCAUUGGGGUGCCCACCUUCCAAUGACUUUUCGAAUCAGUAUCCAAUUGGUAAUAUUCCAAUGCCUCAGGCUGCUUCUGUUGGAUUAACAAGAAGCAAUUAUAUUUCCAAACCUUAUUCUUUUGCAGGCAACUCAGGCAAACUGCCCGGGCCCAUGCAGCCUCCAAAUGGAAUUGUUCCUGUUGUAUAGAAAGUCCUGCGUUGGAUUUUUGCUACGCAAAAUGUGUAUUUAGCCAUACACGAGAGUUAGGAUCCAUUUUUGAAAACCUAGAAAAGCAUGUCACUUCAAUUGUUCAUUCUAGCCUUUCUAAAUUACACUUUGAGACCUGGCCUCUGUUUAUAUUUUGAUGGAAAUAAAGUAAAUAUCUUUUAAUGGCUUUUGCUAGCAGGUCCGUUCGAGCGCUGCUUUAUGCAUUUCCCCCCCUUUAUGUGUUCUAGAUUCUAUUAUCCACCUGCUCCCCAUAGUAUAUCCAUUUAUUCUUUCUGUAUCUCAACCCACAUUGCAAGAUCUGGGGCUAGGUCUAAUUCUCCACUUUGAAAAAACUGAUAGAAAUACAAAGGAAAGGAUUGUAUGUAUAGUCCCCUAAGAGGCCAUUGAGGUAAGGAGUAUAAGAUUUGGCUAUUAGCUUUCAAGAUAUGUUGAUUGUAUUGCAGCUAAUGAAGGUUGGUAGGACUAUGACAUGGUGCUCCAGUUCAAUUAGAAAAUCAAGCAGGGUUUGCCAGAGCGGAGCCUGGAAAGUUGCCACCAGCAAAUUCCACUGAUUCUAGUGAAAGUGGCAAUUGACGAUGGUUUGAUAGCAACAGACUUGGACAGCCUCCUGUCUUUGUGCCGGGGUUAGUUAAAUGUCCCUAACUUUCAUUAACUUAAAUUGUUUUGUGGAAAUUUCCAGUAAGCGACAAGCAAAAAAAGAAAAAUCUGGAUUGUUGAUGUGGCUCGAUACAAGUGGGAAGCUAUUUGUUCUGAUAAAAGAAUGUCUUUUUUGGAGGUAAUCGAUUCUGUCGUUUGAUAAUGACAUACGCUGCAAUUGAUCGGGGGUUUCUUGCGAUUGUUCUUGGUUACAGUGAAAAUUGAGACGUGGGUCUCCCACGAUAGAACCAGUUGUUUUCAGUUUUGUCCAUAAAUCAGAAAUAUUCAAACACCACUUUAUCUUUUUUGGAACCAAGGGAAAAUUGGAAUUGUAGGUAAAAUGCAUUCGGAUAAAAAUUGUCAUUAUAUUAUGGAGUAUUGAGUUUUUGGUCAAUAGCUUUGUAAUCGCUUGAGGGGGGAGUGUUGCACUAAUAGUUUCGUUGAUCAUGGUUAAA